CCACUACAAAAUUCAGUCGCACUCUAGACCUCGUUGUGAACAGACGUGUCCAACUAGACAGAGUACUACGCAGCAUCAUUCGCAUUGGAUAUUUCGUCAUAACAACAUUGUGUUUGUGAAAAAUAUUCAUUGAAAGGACGUGAAAAGUGGGAGUGAAAACAUUUUAUUUAUUGUAACAAUAUUAUUGUGAACUUGGAAACAGACAAUAUAGUGAAUUGCUGUUUUAUGUGAAUUAUGACAUUGUACCCCCAAUUUGGAUAAUUCCGGAAAAGGAGUACAUUUAUACCGCAAAUAUUUUUAACUACAGUGAAGAUUCGUGCGGACCCAGUGUUGUCCGCCGAAACAUGGUCGCCGAGUUUAUUCUGAGCCAGCAACAAUUGCUGGGCGCCGGGGGAGGCGCUGCCUUGGGCCCCGCACCCGCACCACCCAGAGGCCCGCCACCACCACGCACACGCCUCUCCGUCUCUCCACACUUCCCCCUUGAGCCACCUUCUCCCAACAAUGGUCCUCCCGGGGACCACCCGGACUACCCUGGCAACUUCGAUUUCAACAAACGCAAAGAAUUCUUUGGACAACGAAAACAGAGGGAAUUUAUUCCUGAUAGCAAAAAGGAUGACGGAUACUGGGACCGUAGGCGACGAAACAAUGAAGCUGCUAAACGGUCUCGUGAAAAGCGUCGUUUCAAUGACAUGGUCUUGGAACAGCGCGUUGUCGAGCUUUCGAAAGAAAACCACGUUCUUAAAGCCCAAUUGGAUGCCAUCAAGGAAAAAUACGGAAUCUGUGGAGAAACCCUUAUCAGCAUCGACCAAGUAUUAGCCACUUUACCAACCUGUGACCAAGUACUUUGUGUCACGAAGAGAAGUAAAUUGACUAGUAACGCUCUAUUCCCUGCACCUCCACCGCCGCCGCCACCACCAGCUUCUCCUCCAUCGCCACCACCUCAGCGUGCACCAGAACCAUACCAAGAAAGGCUGCCAGCGCCCGAAGCGUACUACCCUCAUCCAGCACAUUAUGAGCCACCUGGUUCAGUACUCAACCUCUCGCGAUCUCGCCGUGCCCCUUCUCCCUAUGAACUGUCCUCUCUCUCAGGUUCAGGGGAUGAAACCACAGAGCAAUACGCGCCAGAGAAUAAUUGCUUGCCGCUAAAACUGCGCCACAAGUCCCACUUGGGUGACAAGGACGUCGCCAGCGCCCUGCUGUCACUCCAACACAUCAAGCAGGAGCCGGGCCCUCGAUCGUCCCCUUCUUGGGAUGGUGAGGGCUCAAGUGAUGAGAGAGACUCUGGUAUUUCCCUCGGAGCUGAAUAUAGGCCGCAGCGACCGGAAGACAGGCUUGUAGAAGAAGACGACGCACACUUAAAGGCAGAGCUAGCGCGGCUCGCGACCGAGGUGGCGACGUUAAAAAAUAUGAUGCACCAGAACAAAGCUCGCGGCCACGAGCACUGAGCGCGGCUGCGGGCUCCUGGAGACCAGCCCCGCUGCGCCUGGACCGCGCAGCCGCCCGCCCGCGCCGCAGCCUCGUCGCAGCCUCGCCGCAGUCUCGCCGCAGCCCCGUCGCAGCACGGCCGCAGCGUCCCCGCUCGUUUCGAUGACGUGUCGAUCUUGUUCGUACAAACUGUCUCCUACCCCUCUCCUAGUAGAAGUUACCACGUUGUAAAGAAAUGAAAAUAAUAUUUGUAUCAUAUUGUGCAGCUGUAAACGGCUAAGCCGUAUCGCCUAAUUGUAAUCCUUCCUAGUAGUUUUAUGUCGUGGUCGAUGUGUCGUGUAGGGAAAAGAGAUCGGUCGUCGUAGGCGACGUGAAGUUUUAAAUGAAUGAGACUUAUACAGUUCGGAUAAAGACUUUUCGAGCAGAUAAAACUUGUCUACUCAGUGAUAGAUAUAAAAAAAUGCAUUUUUAGUGGUGAACUAUGUAUGUAUAUGUAUAAUAUAUAAGUGUAGUAGAUCUGUUUCAUCUAUUCGAAGACUCGUUAGUGAAAAUCGUUGGCUAAAGACCUUAUAUCAUUAAGUAGUAGAUGUAAGAUUGAUCUAAGUAAAAUUAAGUCCAACAUAGAUUAUUUAUAAAAGUUUAUGUAUAGUAUUUCUCAAUCAGAUUGCCCUGUGUAAGUUCCAAACCAAAAAAGUAAAUAUGAUCCUCAUGGAAUCGCUUGUAAUUUUAGUGAUAGAUAGUGUAACCUAACAUGAUUCUACCUAAUAUUAAAGCAGAACGUAUUGAAUAAUCAGUAAUCAGAUAAGAAUACCAGUGCCUUUGACAAUACAUACCUACCUAUAAAUAGCUGCCUAAAAUAAUAUUUUUGUAAAUUUAUUAAAUUAAUAGCGAUUUCAAACAAUUUGUAAAGAUAAGCCGGUACUAUGUGUUUACGGAAAUUUGCAUGAACGACUUCUGAAAAGGCUUCGAAUAGAAGAGACCGAUGCAAAGCGUUAACUCUUUUAUGAAGUUUAUCAUUCACUGUGUACUAGUCCAGUUCUCGCGUUUUCGAAAACACGUAGUUGUGGUCAGAGGAAUUCAAACAAAUAUAAUCAAUACUAAAGUCGAAUGGAAGUAUUCAAUUUGUAAGUUAUACUCCUAGUAUUGCCCUAAGGGCAUGUGAUAGGACUGACGGAGUUAAAAACUAAGUAUUUAUUUAUUGUUCGGACCGAGAAUGAGGAUUUUACAAUUUAUUAUCUUUGUAUAAGAAACACUAUACGAUAUAAAUAAAUUGUGUACAUUACAAUUA